CAGAGUCACAACAACACACACUUCAUUUUCCUCUGCAUCCACGGCAGAUCAUCAAGCAGGCCAUCAUGUCCACCAACACGUCCGACUCCUGCUAUAACGAGACCAACCACAUCAAAGUGGUCCCUGUGGUCAUGUACUCCUUCAUCGCCAUCAUCGGCUUCAUUUUAAACUCCAUUGCAUUGGUGGUUUUCUGCAGUAACGGCAGAUCCAGAUCCCAGACCAUUGUCUACAUGACCAACCUGGCCAUAGCAGACCUGCUGCUGAUCCUCACGCUGCCCAUGAGGAUCUACUACCACCUGGGGUAUAAUCUACUUUCUCAGUGGCUGUGCAACAUCCUGGGUCUGGUCCUGAAGGCAAACAUGUACAGCAGCAUCUACCUCCUCAUGAGCAUUUGCUUCGACCGCUGCUUGGCCGUUACCCUCCCAAUGUCGGCGCGGGUCCAGGGUCUGAGGAAGAAGGCGCCGCUGGUUUGUUUUGGGAUUUGGCUGCUAACGUUUGGCGCCAGUAUACCGAUCUAUUUCUCAAAGCACAUCAACAAUUCAACAGAAACUCAGAGGCACUGUUUUGACAGCCUGCCAGUCUUCGCAAUAAACCCUUUUGUGGUCAUACCCACGCUCGUCUUGGGCUUCGGGGUCCCGUUAGUACUCAUGCUAAUCUGCUCCUGGUUUCUCAUCCGGGCCGUCCGACGCAGCACGGUGGCUCAGACCGACCUGGUGGACAGCUCAAAGAUCUCAAAGAUGAUCAUCACCAGCCUCCUCAUCUUCGUUAUCAGCUUUGUCCCAUACCACGCCACGCUGCUCCUCCUCUCCCUGAACAGAGAAAACAUCCCGUGUCCCAUGCUGGCGGCACACCGCCACAGCCUGAUGGUGGCGUGCUUCAACACCGUGCUGGACCCCGUGGCUUAUUAUUUCACCACCGACACCUUCAGGAAAAAGGUGGACAUGGGUGUGGUCUGGAGGAUGUUACCACUAAACAGUCAGAGUUCUGAUCUGAACAAAAGGACUAGAUCACCUGAUCGCCAGGACAGCUGAGGACCAAUGAAGGACUGAGCCAGAUCACCUGAGGACCGCUGAGAACUAAUGAAGGACUGAGCCAGAUCGCUGGAAAGUGAGAGGGGAAAAGACACAAUUAAGACUUUUAAAACGCAAACUGUAGAAUUAUGGCAACUGGUGAGACUCUGAGAUUUCCAGAUAGAAUCGAUCAGGUUUUAGGGCUCAGGAAGCUGAAAACCUUCACUUUGAGUGGAUAUGAGUCUGCAGCAUUUUUGUGCCAUUUGUCUUCCCUUCAUCAGAAAUGUGUUUUAAGCCAGGUGUACACUGUACGAUUUUCCAUCGAUUCAGCCACAAAUUUGGAGUCACACAGGGAGUUGUGCGACUCUCAGUCGGGUCGGCGUUGUUACCCGUGCUGUGUACAGGGACAUACGAUGGCCGACCACAGCCUGCUGCACGACCUUACGAUCAGCUCCCGACUGGUUGAGAGGAUUUCUGGCAUGUUUGAUAUUUUGGUCGUACGACUCCAGACACUUCACAGUCAGAGCAGAAACGCGAGCAGAAUAAACAAUUUUGGGGGAUUGUUUACCUUUGUAAAUGGUCAGACAACAUCCUACAUUACCAUGACAACAGCUGGAAUCACUUUCUGAUGCACCUCACUAUGAUCAAGUAAAUGAACAAGCAGGAAAUACUCCUUUCUGCUGACCUGCGCUGCACCUGCAGACACACACAGGGAGAGAUAGCGUGAGAGGGAGAGAGAGAGGAUGUGCUUCACCCUGAAUGUGUGAGCCUUUAAAAAAGGAAACUCCGCGGGUUUCUGUCACAGUCCGUACAACUCUAGUUGCACAGUGUGAGUGCUCAGGUCGUGCACACCUGUACCCCUGCACUUGGUUUAACCCAAGAAUUUUAAAAUUGUUAGGACCUGCAAAUAUCUCUUGGGCCUAUAUUGCCAAAUCAACAGGAAGUGUGUCAUUUUGAUGUCUUCUUUUUGCUAGAAUACAGACUAUUUCAGGGGUCAUAAAAGUUCUUACUUCAUAUUUGGUGUAUAGUGAGAGAGGUCAUUGGCACAAAUGUAUUUCAGACUUAUCCAUUAAUCAAAGGCUGUGGAUGAAGCUCUUUAAAAUAAGAUUUCAUUGCAUUACACAGAUUCCCGCCCCUUCGUGAGCACGGCUUGUCAAAGUUUGACUUCUCUCCAUGCAACAGGAAGGUACUCAAUCUCCAUUAAACAUGGUCUAAACUCAGACUCUGGCUGCAUGGUAAGAGCCCCUAUUAGAAGAUUUCCUCAUGGCAGCUCCUCAGCGCCACCUACUGGUGAGACACAGUAACCUGAACCAGAACCACAUUUACCUUUUUUGACCCCAAAGCUGUGAGUGUAAAUAAGCACCAGUGUGACGCCUAUCCUGUAGUUUUGACACAACCCUUGCACAUACAAAGCCCCAAUCUGCGGGGGGUGGGGCAUCUUUGCUUGUGGUUUGAAGUUUUAUUUGCAUGCAUGUCUUUCAUCGAGCCUGGUCUGUAAAUGUUUUUGUGUAAUGUUGUACUAUCAGAGAUGCUGAGAUUCUGUUAAUUGAUGUAAAGAUAUUUUUGACUCUUGAUAGAUUUAUGUUCCAUUAAUUUACAACAAAGAGACACGCUGUGUGAAAACUACGGGGAUUGUUCAGGGAUGUUCUUGCAUUUGCUGUGCAAGUGCAUUUAGGAACCACACUCCCAAUAAGCAUCAGAGCUUUCUGCAAUAAAAUUCUUCCUCUGACGUUAUGGAUUUUUUUCCCGUGAGCUUUGGAAAACCAAAGACAGCAGAAAAUGAUCCGGUUGGGCUAACCAUGGUUGCUUUCUCAAAGUCUGCCCUAUGCAUUUCUUCUUUCUUGGUUUAGAUUUGUGAUUUUUAGUGAUGAUAAUAAACUGACUUUAUGUUACAUGGGUCUCUGAGUGAAAGCUGUCCUGUCCGU